AUGAUAUUGGCAGCUGGCAUGUUACUACUGAAAGGGCUCAAGGAGCAAGGUCGGCUUGGAAGAUUUUUUGGAAAAGUUACUAUACAUGAUCAGCCGCCAUCAAAUACCAUUCAAAAGAUCAUAGCUGUAAAAGAGGCCAUGCGUGAAGUAGAAAAAUAUCUCCAGAAUCUGAAUGUUUCCUUGCUUAAAAUACGUUCAAUUGUUCUUGCUGGCCAACCUCAGAUAUCGACUGAGGUUGCUCAGGUGCUGCUAUUAAGCUCUGUCAUUCUCCUCAUCAUUCCGUUCAAAUACAUUAGUGCUUUUCUUGUCUUCGAUCUCUUCACAAGGGAGCUCAAAUUCCGGAGACAAAUGGUUUUGAGGUUCAUGAGUUUUCUGAAAGAGCGUUGGGACACAGUGCCUGCAGCCCCUGUUAUGGUAUUACCUUUUGAGGGUGAUGAGAAUGGGGCAAUAAGUGAAAGGAAGGAAAUCAAUGACAUAGAAUAUUCAGAAAGAACUCAGAGCAAGUCCACGUAAACAUUUUUCAUAUAGAUUUACGAAUAGUUUGGUAUAAGUAUCUGUACUGCUAAAUUUCAGAAAGAAAAAAAAGCAGAAAUCGAUGGUUCUUUUUCUUUAUUGUCUUUGGAUGUUCCUCUAAACUUUUUAUGUUAAUUCCAUGUUAUUAUAAAAAUGAUCUUUUUCUUAUUCAUUUCACGUUUCCAGGCUGCUAUUACGAGGGCUGUAACAGUUUGAUUUGGGUUGUAUUGUUCUGUA